GGAGGCGUGGAUAACUUGUGUCUGAGUGUGAGAGGGUGGAUCUUUGGGCUGGGCAUUUUGGUUGCACACCACGCUACCAGCAACACCUGAACAGAGGUGAAACAGUUUUCAGCAGAUUCAGUUUUGUGAGGUGAAUACACACAUAGACGCGGCAACAUGUCUUCCUCCAAAGAUGGUAUCACUGACUAUGAUGCAGACUUUGUAUAUGACUAUGAAACACUACGUAUUGGAGGUCUGACCUUUGCCGGAGUUGUUGUGUUCCUUUCCUUCGUGCUGUUGCUUGAGUGUGGGACCAGGGCUGGAGAGACCGCCGGGGAGCAUCUGCUGAACCAGUCCAGCACGGAGUCUCGCCUGGCCGACCGCUGA